CAAGUACAACACUACACAACACUGCAGUCAGACAUUAUUAGAUUUUUGUUGUUCACACAGUGUUGUCGAGACGUUUGGUUAUAGACAAUUUUUGGCGCGUUCAUUUAAACACUUCACUUUGGGACUUUCAUGUGAACGGUCGUCUAUAGUUCAAUAAAAUUUGAACUUACACAGAAAGAAGAAAAAAAGUUGAAAUUAAGAAAGAAAAACAGUAUAAAAAAAAAAUACUUUUUUUUUAUACCUAUACACAUAUUUAUAUAUAAAAAAGAGACAUUAGUCGUUGCUUUUUAGUUUAUUAUGAUACGCGCGCUCAGAGCUCAAAUAUAAAUUCUAAGAGGGAAUUUAAAAAAAAAAUAUCCAACAACUACACAAAAUAAAAGAAGUGCAAAGUGGAAAGAAUUAUAACAACACAAGUCAAAACUUAAAUUAUUAAACAACAAACUUAAACAGAAAGAAAUCAUUUCCUUUUCAAACACAAACCCAAUCACACAAUCGUCAACGCAACAGCGCGCACGGUGGAUUUACGCGUAAAAUUAAUUUUAAAGAAAAUUCGUUGUAUUGAUUUAAAAAAAAAGAAUAGCGUUCGGGAAAAUUUGAAAAACAAAUUUUAAAUUGCAAAGAAAGUUUGAAAAAGUGUAACAAAAAUAAAAAAAAUAAAAAUAGUUUCGUUUUGGAACAAGUUGGUCAUGCAGUUUUUGACAAACGAACCAACCAACAAUAUUUUAUUUACAACAAAUAAUACAACAACGUUAAGCAAUUUUUUGCAAUUUUCAUUAUUUAUAAACAUCAACAACGGCAGCAGCAACAAUUUGCUGGCAUCAAAUAUUUAUAAAAAAAAUUCCCAAAUUAUUUUUAAUUUACAACCAAGAAUAUUUUUAUUUAAAUAAAAUUCUACUGAAAAGAAAUUCUAAAUUGAAAAAUCAACCCAACCCAACCAAAUUGAAAUUUUUGGUCAAGGCAAAAAUUUAACUUUUUUGCUCUCAGUGUAUUUUAAUUGUUUUGUGUGAGUUUACCGUUAAAAAUUGUAAUUAACUACAACAACAAAAUUAAAGUUACCAAAAAAAAAAUUUCCUUUUUGAAAAUCUCUAAACAAAGAGAAAGAGGAAUUUUGGCUGCCAGAAAAAAAGCACUAAAAAGGAUUGCAAAAAUUUGUUGAAAAUUAAAUUGAAAUUAGUGCCUGGUUUAUUAAAAGUAAACUGCUGCUGAAAAUACAUACCUACUACCUAUACAGAUUUAUAAAAUAAAAGAAAAAUUUACAUAAAAAGUCUUUUGAAAAAAGACCGUGUGCAGUGCUUUAUAAUAUUUACUACAUUACCCAGCUGAAAAGAAAGAUAAAGAUUUGAAAUCUUAAACAAGAUAUUGAAAAUAAGAAAUUAUAAAUUUGACAAAAUAAUAUUUUGACCUACCUACAACUCUAACAAACUUAAGAAGGAUUAUAUUAUAUUUCUUAACGACAAACAAAUUGGAUUUAAAUAAAAACUAAGACACAGAAAAAAGUUUAUAGAUUAAACUUCCACAACAAAAAUCCUAAAAACAAAUUGAAGAUCUGGCAUCUUCGCCUAUAAAACAAUUAAGAAACCCUAAUACAAUUUGUGAUAAAUCGGACCUUAUUGAACAACAACUCGACAACAUGGCAAAACUAUGCAGCCCCUAUGGGACCUCACCCAUUAGCUCCUUCUUCAGUGAACUAUCACCCAAUGGUUUUUCCGAUGAAUUCCAAAUACAACCAGAUCCAUUUGAUUUCUUCGAUGACUUACCCUCCAUCUGCAGUGAUAUACAGAAAAUCGAAUCAGACACAUUUUCGCCCUACGGCAUGGAUUUAGAUUUGGACACAAAACCCGAAGUACGUAAUACAGAUUUAAUGUGGUGGACAGCACCACCCUCCACCAUACUAUCGACUUCUGCCUCCUCAAUGUCGAGUGACAUCAGUAGCGGUGUUUCGUUGGCAGCAGUUAUGGGAGCCUCCAGUACACCACAAGCUGCUAGCUUACACAUAAAAGUGGAAAAAGAAGAGAUAACAGCACCUACCGUAGUAACAGCCAAGAAGGCAAAUCCUAUGAAAUUCAAACAGGAAAUAGUUCAAAUUAAACAAGAACCCACAGAUGAUGUGGAACAACAGUUGGCUCAUCACAGCAUACCAAAUAGCAAGACAACGCCUACAGUAGCAGCAGCAGCCGCAGCAACAACGACGCAACAGCCACAUCCUGUUAUGUUACUUAGUGUGGGCAACACAACGACUAUGCAAAGUUUACCACCAGGCACCUCCUUAUUACGUAAAUCCCAGCAACAACAGCAAAAGAAAUCACAACAACAACAGACACGUGGCACACUGCACAUUACCAAACGGGGUGAUCAAUUGUUGCCCUCAGCUAAUGCCAUUCACACCAACCACUCAAACUCUGCAGACACCUCCUCACUAUUCAACACCUCCGCCACCUCCACCUCAAGUGCAAACACCUCACUAUUGUAUCAACGUCCCGAUACACCGCACAGUUUAGACGAUGAUUGCUCUACGACCGAAUUCAAACAUAAUGUGGACCUGAGAGCCUGUGUCAUGGGCAGCAAUAACAUCUCGCUAACCACAGAUGUUAGAGUGGACUUUAUCACAAAUGUCAGCCAAGAGCUACAAGACACCAGUAAAAAACAAAUCGAUACACGUCUUAUAAGCGGUUGUUCCCUGGCCGAUGUCUUGGAUGUCAUAAACAGUCCGUCAAAUUCCCAAGAAUACAUACCUGCAACAACGCCGAGUACAACGUGUAGUAGUAGUGGUGGUGGUGGUUUCAGCUAUCAUUCAGUCGACACAACCGGUUCAAUGCGUUCCUCCGAAUCCGAUUCCGAUGAAGAAUCUACAAUGGGUUCAAGUACGUCAUCGCUAAUGGAUGAUGAAAUCAGAUAUGGGGCAGGUGGUGUGUCGCCGGUAUCCAGUCAAUCCUCAAAUAUCAGCAGUACCCAGCACUAUAUGCAACAUCGGGAUCACAGCUAUACACGCUGCAAAGAUGGCAUGGACGAUUUGGGCACAAAUUUGGAUACACCCUCGGAUUCUGAAGAAGAAAUCGAUGUUGUCUCCAUCACCGACAAAAAGCUACCCACAAAUCCCUCGGACAAGGAUCGUCGUGUGCUGCAGACCAAAGUCGCUCAUAAAUUCAAUGCCGCUCGCAUUGUUAAAAAUCCCAAUGGUUUACUCACCAUACCACCACGUCGCGGUUCCUACGAAUUCCCCUACACCCCGGCCAGCAGUAGUCCGGUGAAAUCAGUCAAUAACUCGCGGUUCCCCUCACCGACCGCCACACCCUAUCAAAACCAAUACACCACUAAAUACGUACAACAGCAACAGCAGAUGAUGACCGUGGUCGUAACCGAUUCAACGACUGGCGCGCCCAUUAACAUCUUAAGUUCGGCCGAUAAAUCGCGCAAACGUUUGUUAGCCAACGGCGGCAAUGCCAGCAAUCUCUUGAGCAGCAGUGAUUUGUCGGCGUCUGUCACCUCAGUGGUCAGCAUGCCACCCACCAAGAAACAUCGUGGUAAGAAGACCAAACAUUUGGUUACAGCUGUGCAGCUGCCCAAUGGCAUUUUGAAGCGUCACUACAGUGUGGAUGAGACCGCCGACACCAUUGAGAAGCGUAAUUUGCACAAUGACAUGGAACGUCAACGUCGCAUUGGCCUAAAAAAUCUGUUUGAGUCUUUGAAGAAGCAAAUACCCAGCAUUAAGGACAAGGAACGGGCACCCAAGGUGAAUAUAUUGCGCGAGGCCGCUAAAUUGUGUGAGGCAUUGACGCGUGAAGAUCAUCAGCUGUUGGAGCAAAAAGCCAAACUCAAGGAAGAACUCAGACGGAAACAAGAACUGUUGGCCCAGUUGAGAGCCUCCCAGCAGACGGAUUGAUAAAGCCCCGCUUAAGGUUUGAUAUUUUUUUGUUAACAAAAAAUACACCCUUUAGAAAACAAAUACUACUACCAACCAGCUUUGGUAAAAGCGUCCGGAACGCAUGAAAAGCUUAUGUAAAAAAAGUUACUUUUAUACAGCUAUUUACAGCUUUUUUUGUAUAGUUUUUUUUUGAUAACAAAAUUGUUUUACUUUUUUUUUGAAUUUGAAAAGUUAAAUUGAGUUUUUUUCGAAAUUUUUAUUAGUAGCUUGUAAGUGAACUAUAUUUUUUUUUUAAUCUUGCUAAUUUUAAAUAUUGAAAUAUGUAAUAACUUUUUUUGACCUGUAUUUUUAUUUUCUUUUGUAAUAUUUUAUUUUUUCUCUUAAAUUUUCUCAUGCUUAACUUUUAAUUUUAAAUAAUAAUUUAAUUUUGUGAUAAAUUAUCUAAAAAAAAGAAGAAAAACAACAAACACAAAACCUUAGAUUUUGUGGAUGUAAAAAAAAGAAAACGAAACGGAAACUUGAAAUAAAACAAAACAAGCAAAAGUUUAAAAAUUUUGUCAGCAACUAACUGAAACAGUUUAAUAAAAUAAAGUAGAAAAG